AUGAAACUGAUCACUUACAACAUGUGGCUUACUGCUUUGACUGUGAGAGUGCCACCUCAUAAAGAAGAGAGAAUAGAAGGAUUGUUGAACAAUCUUGCCUCUCAACCGUUAGCUACUGACGUGGACAUUGUUGCUCUACAAGAAAUGUUUACGUUCGGAAGCAGUUGGUUAUUGCAUGGAAAUACCGAGUUGAGAGAUGGUUUGAUACAGAAAGCUUCAAAAAUUGGAUUCAAUCAUGUGGCACUGUCGAAUGAGCCUAAAUUUUUAAUGCAAGAUUCAGGACUCAUGAUUCUUUCAAAACACAAAAUUGUUGAUCAAGAAAAUUACAUUUUCAAAUAUGCGAGUUGGACCGAGUAUAUUGUAGCGAAAGGAAUUUUGUAUGCAUUGAUAGAGAAGAAUGGAUCCUCUUCGAAUGAACAUGAUCGUGAAUAUGUCAUGGUCUUUUGCUUGCAUAUGGAUGCUCAUACGGAUUCGGCAAGAAGGGAACAAAUUAAAGAGCUCAAGCAAUAUGUCAAGACGAAAUUGGAGAAGGUAUUCACAGAGAGAAAUAUUUCAUUUCAUGGCCAGAAUUCCAAAAAUCGAGUGGUUAUUUGUGGAGACUACAAUGUCAAUAGUUUAAGGUCCACUGAAGGAAGCACCUAUCAGUUAUUAGCCAAAGAGAUGAGUCAAGUGACAAACGAAGUUUCAUUAAGCAAUGCAUUUGGAGAGGAUGUAACCAAGCAUCCUGUGACCUUUCCAAUUAAGUUGUUUGAUGACUGGUGUUUAGAUCAUGUAUUUGUUUCUAAAGGCAGCUCUCAAGUGAAUUAUAAUGUAUUACAAUGGACAACAUCACCAAGUAAGGAUGAAGAAACACCAAUCUCAAUCUCAGAUCAUUAUGGUGUUUGUGCAUACUGGGAUUGA